AUGCUUUAAUGCAUGUUCAUUUGUAGUGCUUUAAUAUCUGUAUCGUGUUCAGUUGUAUCACACGUAACAAUGAACAGCCAUGUAUCCAAUAUAACCUUAGAAAAUUUGUCAAGACCACUUACAAAUAAAAGGGGUGCCAGAUUAUUAUCAUUUCUUUCUUAUAAUACUUGCAUAGGAAUGUGUUUAAACUUGCAUCAUUCUCAUUCUAGAUCAGUGAAACAGAAUAAGUCACAUACUUACUGUAAAUCAGCUGAGAGGCGGGGAAUCUGGAUGUUAUAUUUAAGUCCAUAGGUUUGGUUGCCUCCCUCUUCAGGUAGCGGUGUACCUCGUGCAAUCUUUCUUCCUGCUAGCUUUCUCAGUCAGUCCAUUGGAGAUUCUCAAAUCAGAUGGAUGGAGCAACACAAUAGCAGCUCAAAACAACAGCUCAAGACAGAACCCAAGUAAUACAUAAGAUUUGGGCAGCAAUAUCUAAACCAGUAUCAGGAUUUAAUUCUUCUAAAACUGUAUAAUCAGAGUAGAUUUUUGACCUCCACCAAAAGCACUGACUGUUCCCCUUACGUCCACUCAUUAUGCUCAUCUUCCUGACUUUCCUCUUCUUACUAACACCUUUUCCUACUCUUCAAGCCUCAGUAGGUGAGAGGAAAAAUGCCACUAAAACAGCAUCUCAUACUAUCACUACACUACCGAAUAUCAGGCAAAAAACUCCAACCCUCUCUCCUCCCCCAAAAAUCAGUAAUGUUAGCCAGACACUGUUCUCUACAGCAAUGCCUCCUGAGACUCCUAGCAUUAAGAAAACCUCCAAAGACAAGCCUCUUCAAGCUUCAGUAGGCGAGAAAAAAAAUUCCACCAAAGCAGCACCUCAUACUAUCACUACACUGCUGAAUAUCAAACAAAAAACUCCAACCAUUUCUCCUCCCCCCAAAAUCAGUAAUGUUAGUCAGACACUGUUCGCUACAGCAAUGCCUCCUGAGACUCCUAGUAUUAAGAAAACCUCCAAAGACAAGCCUCCCUCAAGCUUGCCCAUCAAAGUUGUCAUCACUGAAGGCUGCAUUCAGAAGGAGCGUCAGAAAGACAUGGUCAACAGCAGCAGAGGGCAAGAAACCGAGCUGAGAUUGAAGCCAGGUUCUCCUCUGGUGAUGACGCACCACAUCAGCCUGGUGUCAGGCUCUUGCACUGGAGGCUGUGAGGCUCAAAUGGCUGCACUGAAGGACCGAGUAGAAAUCCUGGAAAAGGAAAUGUCAGCUUUGAAGAAAAAGUGCACCAUCUGCUCUGGAGUACAGUGCCCAAAUAACUGCAACAAGAAUGGAAAGUGUGUCAAAGGAAAAUGUGUAUGUCAGGCUGGUUUCACUGGCAUUGACUGCAGCAAAGGUGCUAACAAGGAAAAUAAGCUGUCCUCUGAUAGUAGCACUGGCAAACAAGAGGCAUCAGCCCAGGAACAAUCGAAGGCAAACAAUACAAUAAUAACUAAAAAGGACAAAGGGGAAAGGCAAGGAAGAGGUCCAGCAACUGUCGGGAAAAGUCCAUUGAACAAAGAUUUGCCUCUGAGCAAUAAUGUGACUCAAAGCACUGUGAAGAAAUCUAAUGGAACGUUAAAAGUUUUAAUGAAACUGGCAAAAAGCACUAAAGAGUCAGCAAAUGAAACUGUUCAAACAAAUCCAGAAAAAGUGAAGUUGUCAAUUUUGUCAACUGUUACUUCUACUAAAAAUGACCAAAAGCAAUCCCAGGACAGUGUUAUGAAGGAUCCUAAAGGAGGAACAACUGUUGGAGAACAAAAGUUGGAGAAGCAUGCAAAUGCAACAGAAGAGUUCAAAGGAAAAUAUCAAAAGAAACACAAAGGCGAUGAAAAGAAAGUUUUGGAAAGGCUUCUAAAUAUCACUACAUCCACUGAGAAAGACAAAAAGCCAAUCAAGGAGAGCGUGACACUUUUUAAAGAAGGCUCAUCUGGAAAGACAUUGGUGGGGAAACACUCAAAUGUUACUACUUCCACUGAAAAAGACAGGAAACCAAGCCAGGACAGUGUGACACUUUUUAAAGAAGGCUCAUCUGAAAAGACAUUGGUGGGGAAACACUCAAAUGUUACUACUUACAGGAAACCAAGCCAGGACAGUGUGACACUUUUUAAAGGAGGAUCAUCUGAAAAGACAUUGGUGGGAAAACACUCAGAUGUUACUACUUCCAUUGAAAAAGACAAAAAGCCAAGCCAGGGCAACAUCACACAACCUAAAGAAGGAUCAUCUGAAAAGAAAAUGGUGGAAAAACUUUCAAAUGUGACUAUUUCCAUUAAUAAAGACAAGACGUUGCGUCAAAGCAACCACCUACCUAAGGACGGCUCAUCAGGAAAGAGAAAAGUAGACAACUUUCAGAAUGCUACAGCUGCCAAUAACAAAGACAACGAGUUAUUAGAGGAUGAUGAGACAACGCCUAAAAAAAAAGCAACAUCUGGAAGCAAAAAGGGGUUAACACAUGUACAUGUGACUGCUUCCACUGAAAAGGACAAGAAGCUAAACCAGGGCAAUGUCAAGCAUCUAAAUGUAACUAAUUUUACUGAAAAAGACAGGAAGAACCAGAGCAAAGUCAUACAUCGUAAAGAAAAAAUUGUUGGAAAAAGGAUAGAAUGUUUCUUUGGUCAGAAAAGGAAGUUAGGAAAGGAAACAGCACAGAAACUCGUAAACACAAUGACCUCUACUGGAAAGGACAAUAAGCUACACCAGGGCAAUGUUACACUUCAUAAAGAUGAAUCGUCUAGAAAGACAAAGCUAGACAGUGUAAUAACAUCCACUGAGAAGAUAAAAAAGUUACAACAGCGCAAUGAGACAAAAGUUCUUAAUGACGUUACAACUGAAAAGGAAAGAAUGGAAAAAUAUCUGAAUGUGACUACUUUCACUGAUAAGGACAAGAAGCGUUACAAGAGUAACACCACACUUAUUAAAGAAGGGUCAUCUCAGAAGGGAAAGGCUGACAAUGUAAAUGUAAAAAAGUCCAAUGAGAAAGGCAAGAAGUUUCUACAAGGUGAUGAGACAACAGCUGUCGCAAAAGUAAUAUCUGUAACAGAAGAGAAAGGUGUAAAUGCAACUACCACCAGUGAAAAAGGCAAGAGUUUGCACCACAGUCACAAAGCAGAUGCAUCUAGGUUGAACAAAGUAAACAGUGAUUUAAAAAAUAGCACAAUUCCUAAAACUCAUGUUGACAGGACAACAAAAUUAAUUGACAUCAUACCAGUUGAGGUUCACAACAUAACUUCCACUGGGUUUGUUAUCACGUGGAAUGCUCCUCUGGGAUUAUUUAGGAAUUUCACAGUAACAAGGAAGGAAGCUUGGUCAGAAAGAAGCAGUGAGGAUGAUGCAGAGGAAGCUGAGAAACGCAAAGGUGGUGAUAUAAAAGCAGAUGAGGUAUAUAGAUCAAACAGAACCUCAUCUAAAUUCUACAAUGCUAAAGCUGAUAAAAUGAUUGCUGAGAUGUUCUCACAGGUUCUUACGGGAAGUGCUCGCUCCUAUCAUUUCAAGAAUCUUCGACCACAGAGAAAGUACUCUGUGUCCUUGAUCAGCUCUGGGCCUCAUGUACAAUCCAAAGUUCACCAUCUGUUUGUUUCCACAGCACCUGAACCACCGACAGAACUGCUGUUCAGCAACAUUACAGAAACAUCUCUCACCUUGUCUUGGACCAAACCUAAAAGCACAGUAACAGGAUUCAAAGUUACAUACACCAAUUCUGCAAACGGAGUGACAGGAUCCAUGUCUGUUGACUCACAGUUGUCGCAUGUUCUCAUUUCCAUGCUCUCUGUUGGUUCCCGGUAUGAAAUUAGUGUCAGAUCAGUUAUGGGAGCAAUAGAGAGUGAAGCAACCACAGCCUCAGUCGUUACAGUACCUGACUCUCCCACUGACCUCCAGGCUGUGAAUGUCACAGACAGUAAAGCACUGUUGGUAUGGAAGCCUGCUCAAGCUAAAGUUGAUCAUUAUAUCCUCAGUUAUGGUUCUACAAGAUCUCCUAAUGUGACAGUGACAGUGAUGUUGUCUGGCACUUCUGUGGAGCACCAGCUCCGAGGUCUACAAAGAUACACCCUCUAUGCAGUAAAGAUCAUGAGCCAGAUCAACAGUCUCCAGAGUAGCUCUGUUUCCACAACCUUCACAACAAAAAGUGGAGUAACGCUUCAGGUAGUGACACCUAGUAAAGUCACCUGGAAUUCAGCUUUGAUAUUAUGGAAGACCACUCCUUUAACUUUCAGAAGCUAUAGACUUACAUACCAGUUUGGAGAAGAGAUUAAGGAGCUGAUCCUGAGUCCAAAUGUGACCCAGUACGAGUUAACUGAUCUGGUGGCAUCUUCUCACUACACUGUAAAAGUAGAUGGAGAAAUUGAGGGGCAGUACAUCAGUGUCGUUUCUACUGCAUUUACAACAGCGCAAUUGCCUUACCCAUACCCAGCCGAAUGCUCCAAGGUGCAGCUGAAUGGCAUGAAGAAGUCAGGAGAGGCUGAGAUUUACCCUGAGGGCAAAGAUGGAGAGGCAGUGUGGGUCUACUGUGAUAUGGAGACCGAUGGAGGAGGCUGGACAGUAUUCCAGAGGCGAGCUGAUGGAUCUACUGAUUUCUUCAGAGACUGGAAAGAUUAUAGCAAAGGCUUUGGAGAGAUGAGUGCAGAAUUUUGGCUUGGAAAUGACGUCCUUCAUGCUCUGACCAGCAUGGAACCAAUGAGCCUGCGCAUCGAUUUGCGUUUAGGAAAUGAAACGGCCUACGCUCAUUACUCCAACUUCUCUGUGGGGUCGGAGGUGAACCACUACACGAUUGAGCUGUCUGGAUACUCUGGCACAGCUGGGGAUUCAUUGAAAUACCACAAUGGUUCUCCUUUCUCAACUAAGGACAAGGAACCCAGCACUAAUAGUGGCCAUUGUACAAAGAAAUACAUGGGAGGUUGGUGGUACAAGAACUGCUACAAAGCCAACCUCAAUGGUGCCUAUGCCAAAUUCUCAAUGGACCAGGGAGUGGUGUGGAUUGAUUGGAAGGGCAAGGACGUCUCCCUCCCAUUUACUGAGAUGAAGCUGCGGCCUGCCUCGUUGAGUUACGUGACACCGAACACCCAAGGCUAGAACAUCUAGCAAAGAGCAGCCGCUGCAUGCAGAUACACUGUACAACCUUCAACACUUCACAUUCUACACUCACACUGUACAUAACUUUAGGCAAUGUAUAUCUACUUUUUUUGCAGUUAUUAUGCCCCAUACUGUGACAAAGUUCCUAAAUAUCUAAUAUUAUAUAAAUAAUCAAUCAUCCAUUGAACAUAGUAUUUUUUUUCUGCAGGAUACAUACUGUGUGCCACAUUAUCUACUUUUUAUGACAGUACAGAAGGCUUAUGUGCUAUCAAAACAUUCAGAGGAUUUUUUCCUGACUCACACCGCUACUGAAAUGAAUGCACUGUUGGAUGUAAAGGUUACAGACUAGCGUUCUCUUCUGUUCCAUUUUUUAUAAAGAGGUUUUGUAGAAAUACCAAAUAAAUUGCAAAUAUUGAUCCAA